UAAAUGUAAGAAAAAGUCAAAAUUCUAAUGUUAGGAGAAGGUGCUGUUGGCAAAUCAUCACUUCUAAAUCGUUAUGUGGAUGAAAAGUUUUCUGAGAAUAUCCAGGCUACGUUGGGAGUAGAGUAUAGAUAGAAAAUUCUUACUUAAGGAGAAAAGCAAUUGAUUGUUUAGGUUUGGGACACUGCGGGUAACUAUUAAGUCUAAUGUUUAGGAUAGGAGAGAUUUAGAGUUAUUACUCCAAUUUUUUAUAGAAAUGCUUAAGGAGUGUCUUUGGUUUAUAGUGUUGUGGAUAAAAACUCAUUUUAAUAAGUUUAAACUUGGAUUGAUAAUUUAAAAGACUAAAUUGAUUGUGAAUAAGUCUCUAUAGUUUUAGUUGCAAAUAAGUGUGAUAUAGCAUAAAGGGAAGUAACUACUUUGGAAGGCUAACAAUUAGCUUAAAAAGUAUUUUGUUAUUCUAUCCAAGUAUUAAAUAAAAUAUUUUGAAUGUUCUGCAAGGACAGGUGCAUAAGUAAAGGAAAUGUAUACAGAAUUAGUUUAAUAAAUACUCAUUAGAAGAGGAUAGAUUAAUAGUUCUCAAAACGUAGAAAAAAAUCAAUAAAACAUUCAAUUAGAUGUAGGUGAUACAUAACCAUAAAAAUGUUGUUGA